UACCCGGACGGCGAGGACGACCCCGUGGCGCUGCUGGCUCAUGACACCGGCGGCAGCAAGGACACGGAGCGGGACAAGGAGGAGCUGAGCGCCGACAAGGGCCCCGAGAAGCCGGACCCCUCGCAGAAACCCCCCUAUUCCUACGUGGCCCUAAUCGCUAUGGCCAUCCGGGAGAGCGCGGAGAAGAGGCUCACGCUGUCCGGGAUCUACCAGUAUAUCAUCAGCAAGUUCCCUUUCUACGAGAAGAACAAGAAGGGCUGGCAGAACAGCAUCCGUCACAACCUCAGCCUCAACGAAUGCUUCAUCAAGGUGCCCCGGGAGGGUGGCGGCGAGCGCAAGGGCAACUACUGGACCCUGGACCGUGCCUGCGAGGACAUGUUCGAGAAGGGCAACUACCGCAGGAGACGAAGGAUGAAGCGGCCCUUUCGGCCG